UCAGAUGUUUCCUCAUGGCAGCGGCGAAGAGACUACGUUCGGAAUUUUCUCCUAAUUGGAAUAGUAAAAAUGCAGGAAAAUCGGGAAAGAGUGGAUCUAGAAAUGGAGCAUGUUAUAAUGUUGAAUCCCUUCUUGACAUAUGUGCAAAAAUUGUGGCUGAAAAUAUCCCGUUUCAAACAGUAGAACAAAGGUUUGACCGCAUUCCUGAGCCCGUUCAGAAUAGGAUUGUGUACUGGUCGUUUCCCCGUAACGAACGGGAUAUUUGCAUGUAUUCAUCUUUUGCAAACUGUGUUAAAGAUGGAGCAGAAAAUCAAAAGUUGCCAUUUCAUCAAGGAGUAAGGUUAUUAGAGAACGGGGCAGUUGACAACGUGUUACAAAUUGGUUUCCACUUGAGUGGGACUGUGAAAGAGCCCUCUAACCCCCUGUAUUCCACAGACCCUGAUGUCCCUUACCAAGUCUCAAUCAGCUUUGACAGGUGCAAAAUUACCUCUGUCAAAUGUGGAUGUGGAAACAAAGAUAUCUUUUGGUGCCAACAUGUGGUGGCGCUGUCCUUAUACCGCAUUAGGAGGGCUGACACUGUUGAACUUCGAGUCCCCAUCUCAGAAACUCUUUUACAAAUGAGUCGAGAACAGCUCCAGAAGUUUGCUCAGUAUCUUAUAGCUGAGCACCAUACAGAUGUCCUGCCAACAUCUCAGAAAAUUGCAGAUGAAAUUCUGUGUGCAAAAUCGGAAAUCAACUUAUUACCAGGUGCUCCUGACCCCACUGCUGGUGCCUCGGUGGAUGAUGACAAUAGCUGGCAUCUUGAUGAAGAUCAGGUCAGAGAAACUGUCCGGUGCUACUUAUCCCAGGGGGGCUAUCUUAACAUGGCCAACCAGCUUACAUUUAUGUUUGCCAAGGUUCGUGAAAUGUUGCGUGCUCGAGAUUCCAAUGGUGCUAGAAUGUUAACUCUGAUUACUGAGCAGUUCCUUGCAGACCCUCGUCUUGUUGUGUGGAAGUCUCAACAACAACCAAUGUCUGACAAGUGCAGACAACUAUGGGACGAAUUAGGUGCAUUAUGGGUGUGUGUGGUGCUGAAUCCCAACUGCUCUAGUAGUGAGCGUUCCUAUUGGCAGAGCCUACUGGACCAGUGGUCCUCCUGUAAUGUGUGUCCUCUAGAGGAUCCAGAUGUCCUCAAUGUUGAUCUCCUCCUCAACAGCAAUGACAGUAGCUCCCCCUUUUCCCGUAAACCACGAACCAUUUUCCAUAGGGCAUUGGAAGCCAGUAAGUUGAAGUGGCAUGACUCUCAUUUAAAACUGAUCCUAAGACAGGACCCUGCUUAUCCAGACUGUCCUAUGUGGCAUGAACACUUCCCAACUGCUUGUGCUCGAGUUGAUGCCUUGCGCUCACAUGGUUAUGUUAAAGAGUCCUUACGACUAGCUGUAGCUAUUGUGCGAUCUCUUAAACAUCAGCAGAGGGUAAAUCAGGAAUGGUGCAGAUGUCAAAAUGAAGAUAUGCCUAGUACAAGCAAAGGCUGUACACACAAGGUCAGGAACAACAUGGAAGGCUGGAUUGGGCAUGCCCUGGACCCUGUAGGUGUUCUGUAUGACAGCCUUACUGAAGCUUCCAUAGACACAGAGGAUACUUCUCAAGCAGAUAGCCUAAGUGGUCGACUGUUUUCUGGUGACAAUCCCAGUUGUAUACCUCCUCGAUAUCACCAUGUUCCCAUCCCAAACAGCAAGGACCGAAGCGAGUCGUAUCUCACCAUGGCUUUAGAAAUAGCCCUAAUUUGUCUUGGUCAGCAAAGACAAAUGCCAUCAGGUUUGUAUGCACAGGAGAAGGCGUGUAAACAGGAGGAAAAGUUGUUAUCACGGUUACAAAGUGUGGAACUGGACACAUCUCUUAUGGAGGUCAUGAGGCGACAAGCUGAUUUACUGCUUAAAGGUGGCAGUGGUUCAGGUUUAGGAGAAGGCAUACAUGCAGAGAGUUACCCUAUGCACACAUUUGCCAAAUUUUUGUUCAACAGUCUACUAACAUAUGACCAGAACUUGGCCUAUCGAGUUGGACUACGUGCCAUGAGAUUACCAGUGUUGGAGGACACAGAAGAUGUUGAUGAUGGAAUUAACAAUAUUGGCUCAGCCAUGCUGAGUCGUUUCCCACGCUGGUUCAUUCUUGGUCACAUUGAGGGACAACAGUGUGAACUGGCAUGUACCCUACUGGCUGCAGCGAAAGAAGAUAUUGGUAGAUUGAAAACCGUAUUAGAGGUGGCACAGAAACAUAUUCAUAGUUCAUCUCAGUUGUUCAAGCUUGCACAAGAUGUCUUCAAAAUAGCCACCCCAGCAGAUGCUCCUAAACACAUGCCUGCCUUGAAUGCUGCAUUUGAACUUGGACUACAAGUGAUGAGGAUGACACUUAUGACAAUGAAUUGGAGGAGGAGGGAAAUGGUUCGAUGGCUGGUGACUUGUGCCAUGGAGGUUGGCAUCAAGGCUCUCAUCUCAAUAAUGCUAAACUGGUUCCAGCUCUUUCAACCCAUAGAGGCAACUAGUAUGGUUGCUACUAACAUUAUGUCUCGCAGCACCAUGAUGCAGUUAAAUGUUAAUUUCCAUCAACAGGAAGAGCUGGCCAAUCAUGCAAGAAAACUUGCACUCCAAUGUGCCACCAAAGAUCCGCAAAACUGCGCACUUUGUGCCCUGACACUCUGUGAAAAAGAUCCAAUUGCCUUUGAAACUGCCUAUCAAAUAGUCAUUGAUGCAGCUGCUCACAUCAUGAAUUCCAGCCAAUUGUUCAACAUCGCCCGGUACAUGGAACACAGGGGUUACCCCAAUCGAGCAUACAAGCUAGCAUUGCUGGCCAUGAAAAAUCUCAAACUGUCUUAUAAUCAUGAUACUCACCCAGCAAUCAAUGACAUUCACUGGGCCUGUGCACUCAGCCACAAUCUGGGAAAGAAUGAACUUUCAAACAUGAUUCCAUUGUUGACAGAUAACGUUCACUGUGCCAAUGUGUUAUCAGACGUACUAAGACGGUGUACACUGACUGCCCCAGGGCUAGGGAGCACUGAUGGCAAACGCCGUGCAAUAAAACACUUGACGAGCUAUGCAUUAAUGUCACAGUGGAUGCUGCAGUUAGGAAAGAAAUCAUUGAGUCCGAUGGAGGGGUAUGUUUCACAACCUGAUUUUCCAGCCAAACACAGUGCAGGAAAUGUUUAUGGCAGAAGAUCCAGAAUGAUCAAUUCAGAUGGUGCACCUAGUCCCUACAAUCCAGAUGCGGCCCAGCUAGCAGCGAUGGACGAAUCUAUCCCUCCACAUCUACGCUAUUCCACAAACAAUGGAUAUGACGAUUUCCACAAAUCUUACCAGCAAAUCAGUCAGCAGUUUCCCAACAAGCAUUUUCCAGUUUUUGGUCCUCCAAAACUAAGACAGGGGCGAGCAGGUGGAUCUUGGCGACACGUUAAGGAAGUGCUGCAAGCCGGAGGGCGUCGUAUUGUGUUUGUUGAUGGUCAAGUUGCUUACGAAGAUAGCAUAAAGAUCGAUGAUGUGCCCGGGGGGCAUUUAAUGAAACCGGAAGGCCGUCAAAGACGACCUCUAAGUAGAAGUCUGUCCGUGUCACAAAACCGAGAUGGCAGACCAGAUGCAUCAAUACACGGUCUUGAAAAGAAGAAAGGAUUGGAACAAGUUAAUUGGGCCAUGAUUCGAUAAGCAGUAUUAUAUUGAACAAUAGACUAUUUCUUAUGACACUGUUGUAUUACCACUACCAGUAUUAAACAUUGUUUAUUGAUUUUUUUUUUCAUUUAUAUUUGUACAUACUUAAAUAAAAUUAU